UAGUUUCUCUGUUCUUAUGCAUUUUAGACUAGCCUAUACAGCUUAUACUAAAUAAAAAAAAUUGCAAGCAUAUGGUUCUGUUGGAAAAGUUUGCAUCAUUAUUUUAUUUCUUAUGAAGCUUCAGAUGGCAUGCAGUUGAAGUAUGUAUUGUGUGUGUUACACAUUUUGUAUGAUGCUGCAAAGGAAAGAUAUUUAUUAAAAAAUGUAGCCUCAGUCUUUCUCAUUAUCCUGUUGUCAGAGUCACUUGCACAACAGUCCCAUCAUUGUAACAGGUUUGAGAUCCCUGUUAGAGUCAAUGGAGAAAUUACAUGUCAAAAAUGCAUGCAAUGUGUUGCUGGAUAUGGCCUAAACUAUAACUGCUACAGUACUGAUGUAAUUGAUGGGCCGAUUACUAUUAAUUGCGUACCCUGCAUAAAUAAUAAUACUUUUUCUGAAAGAACAUCGUAUGAAAUAUGUAACAAUUGCUCUGAGUGCAGUAAUAAUGAAGAAGAAGAAGACAGCUGUACCCCAUUAAGGAACAGGAAAUGUCAAUGCAUUUUGGGUUUCUAUAGAGAAAACGGUCACUGUAGUCAAAGCUGUUGUUACUGCUCUAGAAAUCCCGUGAACAAAAGCGAUUGUAGCAGAAUGGGAGAGAAAAAGAGGUGUGCAACCAAUCAAAAAGAUGGGGGAUGUGAUGUCUCAGUUAAUACCACAGUGGCACCGGCCACAACAACAUCACCGACUACAUCCACCAAAUCAACUACAAAGCAAGUUGAUGACAGCACAUCAACAAACAACCCUACACAGCAUGCCAAUGCUACUUUCACCACAAAAGUACCAGAUGCUGUUGAUGACGAUAAGUUAACUGUUAAAAUUGCCAUUCCAUUAACAAUAUUUGCGGUUACUGUUGUUGUUGCAGUAUGUUUUACAAUAUGGUACAGAAAACGUAAUGCAAGACCGUGUUGUCCUCCUGCACAACCUCUAAUUGCUGUGGAAGAGCAUGGAAAUGAUGUCGGUUGUAAUAGAAUGAAUAUAAUCAUUGAUGGGGUUGACGAAAAUGUAAAUAACCAAAAUCCAACUGUUGUAGAGUUGGCUGGUCAAUCUAAAACGUCAGUAGAAAACGAUCAAGUAGUCGAACUCCCAGAUAAUAUGAAGUUGCCGAUUGAUCACCACACAUUGAAAGUGAUCAGAGCAAAUAUUGUACAAAUACUGAACAAUAAACAGCCUAAACCAUUGUCACGAGAUAUAAACGCAACCUGUGAUUUGUUAUUCAAACACGAAAACAAUUUUUCAAAUUCGUUAACUACUUUUGAAAACGUGUUUGAACAUAUAGAGACAAAGAACCCAGACUACACGUGGGAACAAUUUGUAAAAGUUGUUAGCCACGUGAUGUCAGAAGAAGUGAUUGAAAAAAUCAAAAAUCAAUUCAGUUGAUCAAAAACGAAUAAAGUAAUGUGAAUCAAAGGGAAAUCUGAACUUUUACGAGAUUUUGUUUCGAGACAUUUUGCUUUAUCUAACACCAUGUUCACACGUUGCGAGUAGGGAAUUUUAUCAAAACGAAUUCCAUGUCUGCUGUGCUUUCUGUUUACACAAAACAAAGCUAACCAUAUGGGAAAAGGAAUGUAAUACACGUUUUUUAGUAAAUAAUCUUGGUUCAAUGCUGAGAUGGUGUAGUGGUAGCGCAUUCGACUUCAUAGGAUUCCAGGUUCUCGUCCCUACUUAGGCGCGCUUUUAAUGCAGUGUUGUUAGCACAUUUGCAGUAUCUUCUGACCGCCAAUCGUCUUUUAUGAGAAAAUAAUCAAAACGUAAACGUUUACAGAUUAUAUUCUGAAAUGAUUCCUAGCCGCAAUGUGUGAACAUGGGCGGAAAGAGACGAGUUUUUGGUACGAUUUAAAAUGUUUUGUUUUUAUUAACUUCUGGUGUUUCAAACUUCUCUUUUGCUAAUUCUGUGCCAACCAAAUAUAACUUUCUAUAAAAGGGUACAUGAACUCAGAUGUGUAGGUAGCUACACAAUUUUUCUCAAACUUUUCUUUCGGCGUCUUACCGAUAAUGUUUUGGACCCUAAAACGACAAAUGAUUUAUUUAUUUUUAUAAAAAUCUGUUUUCUUUCUAAGAUAUUAAAUGUUAUUUAUUUGAAACGCGGAAACGUGUGGUGUCAUUGACUCUAACGCUGACAUUACAUUUUUACCUGCAAUGAAAGAUGAGAUCAUUAUUAAACUUCAAAUUUUGUCACGAUAGCAUCACUACAAAAAUUAUGUAAUUCUGUGUAACUUCGCAAUAUCUAAAAAAUAAUAAAUUAUGAUGACUAUGUUAUUACAUUGUCGUCACAAAAUAUGUCUGUAGCUUACUACUUUAAAACGAAAAAAAGUUUUUCCAAUAAAACCCAAAAGAUUUGAGAACAACUUUUCAUUUUGUUUAAUAUGCAAAUAUAUAUUUUUAUGUGUUAGAGUCCCUUUGAGGACUCUAUAAUUUUUUGUCCUACUUGUCUUCUCUGCUUUCCAUUUAUUUAAGGUUGAGUCAAGUGAAACACUAGAUUAGUCGACUCUUCUCUUUGUUUCAGUAAAAUUUCCGCUUAUUAAAGAAGCCAAUUUUUGUAGCUUUUUGCGCUAUUUCUUGUUUAUGUUAUAUCGUAGUGUGGAAGAAAACUUGGUAUAAUAUGUAAACAAUUACAAUAAAACGUAUUGAGUCGAUCCACUCAGCAAUGAAAGUAAUUGUGUUUGGUUGUUGUAUUGUAGUUUUAGAAUGAAACGUUGUAAAUAUAAUGGAACUCUUAUAAAGCCAAAUGAAUGGUAUAUGAAUUUGAGUACACAUGAAA